GCUGCGGAAAACGACCCCUAAAGACGGCUAAUCUGAUUGUGGGCGGCGAGGAAGCAAUUCCCCACUCCUGGCCCUGGGCCACCGCCCUCUACCGCGUAAACAGCGGUCGCAACUACUUUCAAUGUGGCGGAACCAUACUCAACAAUCGAAUCAUCCUCACAGCUGCCCACUGCGUGAAGAGGCCCUUCCAGACGCUGACCGCCGCCGACUUUGUCGUCAAGGUGGGCGCCCACCACCUGGACAGCAGCGGCAGCUUUGCCGAGGUGGAGCAGAUCAUCACCCACGAGAACUACUCGCCCACCUACCACAACGACGACAUUGCUCUGCUCCGCCUGAAGGUGCCGCUCGAUUUCAGCAAUGAACACUUGGCCCCGGUUUGUCUCCCAUCUUCCGCCGCCUCUGACGAGGGCCGUCACGUGGGCCUGAUGACUAACAUGGUCGGCUGGGGAGUGCAAUCGCCGACGAGCGGCGCUUCUAGUCCUCUGCUGCAUGAGGUGCAGGUGCCGAUCUCCUCGCAGCGACAGUGCAAGAAGGCGUACACCGAGCUGAUGGGCGCGGAAAGCGCCAUCUACCUCAACUGGAACAACACUUUUUGUGCCUCCUAUGAGCAGGGAGAGAAGGACACCUGCAAGGGCGACUCGGGCUCGUCGAGCACCGUUCUCGAUGAGAGCACCAACACCUACACACAGAUUGGCAUUGUCAGCUUUGGCUAUGGCUGUGCUCAGGCUGGCUAUCCAGGGGUGUACACCUACGUCAACAAGUACCUCGGGUGGAUUGCGGCCCAUAUGCAGGCUGAUUCGUAG